CAACGUAUUUUAUGUUCUACACAGUUUUGCUUUACCUUCAAAAUAUUCAUAUCACCUACUGCAUUAUAUUCGUCAUGUGUAUUAUGCUCAUAAUCGGACUAUGCACAUACAGCGAUGCGUUGACUCAAGAUUUGAAAGUAGUCGUUGCGAACUUAGAUAAGAAGGAAAAGAACGAAAAUUUAGCCAUGACAAUGCGGCAGACUAUCGAUUUGCAAAACAGCAUUGUGAUGCUCAACAAUAGCACACAAAACAUUUUGAGUAAAUCGCUUUUUGCACUCUUUGCAAUAUUUGUGGUGAUGGUGUCAUUCUCAAUACUCACCCUCGAUCAAGGUAUUCACGAUCUUAGCCCAGAAAUCCUAUUGGGCUUGCAAGACUUGUUGCUGCAAAUUGCAUUGAAUUACAUUGUCUGUAAAUCGGCUGAAAGGCUAAACUCUAUGUCUUUUGAAGUGACUAAGAUUUUUUACCAUUCACAUUGGUAUCAAUUACCGAUCAAUAUGCAGAAAAUGUUCAUUUUUAUGAUUAGACAAGCUCAGACACCAUUCAAUUUACGUGGCUUGAACUUUUUCACGUGCUGCUUGGAACAAUUCUCAAAGCUUAUUCGAACAUCCAUAUCAUACUAUCUCUUGCUGCGACAAUUCAGAGAGUUCAGCUAAACAUUUGAAUAAUAAGACAACAGCAUCAUUUCAAAUCUCAAUAGAUACUUCGUUUUUAAGCUCAAUUUAUCACUAAGUGUUGUACAAAAUCAAAUAUGAUGGAGAAAAGCAUUCUAUUUCUUCAUUCAAUUUGUUGAA